CCUUACUUCUUCAGGAUGGGCAUUGAAAGCUUUCAGCCCCAACAUCACAGCAAAUACUGUUCUGAAGCCUUCAGACUCUUUUGUUAUUUUUACAGAUAUGGGAUCUGGCCAUUUGGUUUUUUCAAGAAAUUGGGUAUCCCUGGGCCAAAACCCUUGCCUUUCUUUGGAACUGCCUUGGAAUAUCGUAAAGGUAUGGUGGAGUUUGACACCGAGUGCUAUAAGAAAUAUGGGAAAAUCUGGGGGUUUUAUGAUGGCAGGCAACCUGUGCUGUCUGUCAUGGAUCCUAAAAUAAUUAAAACUGUGCUGGUGAAAGAGUGCUUCACCAUCUUUACCAACCGGCGGAAUUUAGGCCUUGUGGGAGUGCUAGAGUCUGCUGUCUCCAUAGCGGAGGAUGAGCAAUGGAAGAGGAUCCGCACUGUGCUCUCUCCAACCUUCACCAGUGGGAAGCUAAAAGAGAUGUUUCCCAUUAUCGAGCAAUAUGGGGAGGUUCUGGUGAGAAAUAUUCAGAAGAAAGCAGAAAAAGAUGAGCCUGUGGCUGUUAAGGACAUCUUUGGAGCUUAUAGCAUGGAUGUCGUCACUAGUACUUCCUUCGGUGUGAACAUUGACUCCAUGAACAACCCUAAAGAUCCUUUUGUCAAGGAAAUCAAGAAGCUAGUGAAGUUUAACUUUUUUGACCCACUCUUCAUGUUGAUAUUUGUAUGCCCAUUCCUCAUUCCUCUUCUUAAGAAGAUGAAUGUGAACUUUUUCCCCAAAGAUGCCAUAGAAUUCUUCAUGAAGUCAGUCUCCAGAAUAAAGAAGGAACGUAAAGAAGAGGGAAAAGGGGCCCGAGUGGAUUUCCUGCAGCUGCUGAUUGAAUCCCAGAAUUCUACCAUGAGCCAUGAAAGCAAUGGAGUGACUCAGACAUAUAAAGGCCUGACUGAUAAUGAGGUUCUGGCUCAAGCAUUUAUUUUUAUUUUUGCUGGAUAUGAGCCCACCAGCAACACGCUAUGCUACCUUGCUUACACUUUGGCCAUCAACCCUGAUGUGCAGCAAAAGCUGAAGGAAGAGAUAGACUCAGUUUUACCAAACAAGGCUCCUCCCACCUACAAUGCCCUGAUGCAGAUGGAGUACCUUGACAUGACAAUGAAUGAAAUCCUUAGGCUGUUUCCUCUCGGAGGGCGACUUGAAAGGGUCUGUAAGAAAGACAUAAUGAUAAAUGGAGUGAGCAUUCCAAAAGACACAGUGGUUGCAAUUCCAACCUUUGUUCUGCAUCGCAUCCCAGAAUUCUGGCCAGAACCCGAGGAGUUCAGACCGGAAAGGUUCAGUAAAGAAAACAAAGAGACGAUGGAUCCAUACACAUACCUGCCUUUUGGGUCUGGUCCCAGAAACUGCAUUGGAAUGAGGUUCAGUCUCCUCACCAUGAAACUUGCUAUUGUCAGUCUGCUGCAGAAUUUCACCAUCAGACCCUGCAAAGAAACCCAGAUCCCCCUCAAGCUGAGUACGCAAGGAUUCAUAACACCAGAGAAACCUAUCGUGCUGAAGUUAGUCCCCAGAUCUUGUACCACACACUCGGAGGAGUAGGAGCCAACCGAGUUUACAGCAGCUCUCCAGAGGACCAGCAGAGGCUUUCCACAUCAUUGGGCCUCUGCAGAACACACAGAAGAAGAGCUUCUGUUCAUUCCAAAGGCAUUUCUAAAUAGCUACAGAAAAAUAUGACUGUCAGAAAUGAAAAUUGAAUCACGGGGCAGUGACCGUAAAUAGCGUGUAUGCCCUCAGAUUGAGAGAAUGUGUGCCCAGCAAAAAUCCAGAGGCGCUGCUCUGCUUUUCUGACUCCUUUUUAGUGGGAAUCUUCUCUCUCAAAAGGAAUAGGCCGUAGGAACUUUUUUAGUUACUGUGUGCAGGGAUGAGUGAAUGACAAGGAAUGGCAGUGGUUUUCUGUGUUGUACUGAUAUUUGAAGACGUGUGUAUAAACUGUUGGGCUGUUGAGCUUAGUGGGAUGUGGUAAGACUAUAUCUUAGAAACUAAAACUCUCUUGGGUCACAUGUUAAUAGAAUGAAUGUAUGUAACAUGUACAGAGAAAGGCAUUCAUAAAAAUAUUUGGGAAAGCUC